AUGAAACGAGCAUGUGAUCUCAAGGACGAGUUCGCGACAUUUUACACAUCGCUAGAAUUGGAACAACGUGAAGAACUCGAAGAAAACAUGAAAAUUCUUUUGAAAAAAGUAGUCACUAAUAUUGACUAUGUUGAUGAGGUAACCCGAUUGUCGGAAGAUUUCGGCAGACGAUUCGUGGAGUUGCGGUCGCUCGGCUUCCGCGCGGACUACUUCGCGAUACUGGCUGAUGCCACCAUUAAGGAAUGUACGCAUCUCGAUUCUGCAGUACACAAAGCACACACGACUACGCAAGCGUUCUCCCAGUUUGGAGCUCUGGUAAGUUUUCAAUCUUUUGAUCUGAAUUUGCGGCAAAAUCUAAUUUUACAUGCGCAUCAACGCAUACAGCCUGUGUCAGAUGCGUAUUCCCUUUUUCAUCCGUGCAACCGCCACGCAACGGCUUCGCGCCAC